AUGAGCGUGACGUUGCCUCGUUGGCGCUUGGUCGUCGACCAGGCCGGCAUCACGCCUGAGGUCAGAAACUACGAAUACGAAGGAUCAGGGACAGAAAGCGACCCGUACCUAGUAAAAUGGAUCCCCGACGACCCGCGUAACCCGAUGAACUUCAGCGUGUUCACGCGCUGGUCUAUCACCAUCGUCGUCGCCAUCGCCACCCUCGCCGUCGCCCUCGUCUCCUCAGCAUACUCCGGCGGCGUCGCCGAGAUCAUCAAAGCCUUCCACAUCAGCUCCGAGGUCGCCAUCCUCGGCGUCUCCCUCUUCGUCGUAGGCUUCGCCGUCGGUCCUUUACUAUGGGCCCCCCUUUCCGAGCUCUUCGGUCGCCAGGUCCUGUUCUUCGUCACCUACGGCGCCCUCACCGCUUUCAACGCCGGGUGCGCGGGCGCGCAGAACGUCGAGACCCUGCUUAUCCUCCGAUUCUUCGCCGGCGCGUUCGGCUCCUCGCCGCUGACUAACGCCGGUGGCGUCAUCGCCGACAUGUUUCCCGCCUCCGAGCGCGGACAAGCCAUGGCCGUCUUCGCCGCCGCGCCUUUCCUCGGUCCCGUGCUCGGUCCCAUCAUUGGCGGCUUCCUGGGCAUUGGCGCCGGCUGGCGAUGGGUUAUGGGUUUCCUCGCCGCGUUUUCUGGCGCGCUGUGGAUCCUGGGAGCGCUCCUCGUGCCGGAAACGUACGCGCCGGUCCUCUUGCGCAAACGCGCCGCGAAGCUGUCGCAGAUGACUGGGAAGCAUUACAUCAGCGCCAUUGAUCGCGAUCAGGGACGCGUGUCGCUGGGCGAGUCGUUCAAGGUGGCGCUUUCGCGGCCGUGGAUUCUGCUGUUCCAGGAGCCUAUUGUGUUUCUCAUGUCGCUCUACAUGGCUAUUAUCUACGGAACCCUAUACAUGCUUUUCGCAGCUUUCCCCAUCGUAUACCAGCAGUCCCGAGGAUGGAGUGCCGGAAUUGGCGGUCUUGCGUUCUUGGGAAUAUUGGUCGGCAUGCUCUUCGCGAUUGCGUAUACCUUCCCCGACAAUAAGAGAUAUAUCAGAGUGCAGCAGGAACACGGCGGUUUCGCUCCCCCCGAAGCUCGACUUCCGCCGACGUUGGUAGGAUGUAUAUUCCUGCCUAUUGGACUUUUCUGGUUCGCGUGGACCAAUUCUCCGUCCAUACACUGGAUGGCUAGUAUCGCGGCUGGUGUUCCGUUUGGGUUCGGAAUGGUUCUGGUCUUCUUGAGUAUCAUGAACUACCUCAUCGACUCUUACACCAUUUUCGCCGCGUCCGUCCUGGCUGCCAACUCUGUCCUUCGUUCGCUAUUCGGUGCGGCCUUCCCCUUAUUUACAAGCUACAUGUACGCCAACCUCGGUAUUCACUGGGCGUCGACGAUCCCCGCCUUCCUCGCACUCAUCUGCGUCCCGUUCCCGUUCCUCUUCUACAAGUACGGGCCGGCCAUCCGCAAGCGGUGCAAGUACGCGGCCCAGUCCGCCGCCUUCGUCGAGAAGCUGCAAGACGCGCAGGCCAGUUCCGGACGCGAAGAGUCCGAAGAGCAAGAGGAGGAGGAAAAGACAGCCGACAGAGACACAAGCACAGGAGAGUCUGGCUACGAGGUGCAGACGGCUUCUAUUAUUAGACCACGUAGACGGUCGAGUUCCGUGGCUACCAGCCACCAUCACAGCCUCACUCAAACGAGGAGUAGGACCUACGAGGGAAACCCGUACGAUAUCGACCGAGUCAACACUCGGGAAUCUUUCGCUUAA